UCACUGCAGUGAAUCGAGUUUACUGUGAUUUCUCAUAAUAUACGCAGUUUUCUACACAAAUGAAGCCGCAAAUAGCGUAAAACAAAACAAUGACGUCUAAAGACGAGACAUUUUGUCGUUUAUGCGCCGAACCGACGCCUUUGGAACAACUUAUUACCACAAGUUGUCCAGUCGGAGAAAACGCUAAAAUAUCUAUGAAAAUGCUAUGGAUUAACAUAGAUACCACCAAUAAUUUACCAACUACAAUAUGUUUUUCAUGUUUCGACUUAUUGGAGAGAACGUGGAAGUUCCUACACGAUGUUAGAACUGCACAAGAAAAAUUGCUUAAAAUCUUUUCUAAGAAUGAAACACCAAUUGAAAUUAAGACUGAUGAAGCUGAAAACAUUGGUAAACCAGUUGACAAAAACUGGGAAGAGUUUCAGAAGCCCAAAGUGGAGGUAAAAGACGAGAAUUCUGUUCAAAAUGUGCAAAUAAUCACAGUGGAUCCAAACACUAUUUUGGAUGUUGAUGUAAACUUAGUUAAGUGUGAAAAUGUGAGUGACUUGGACACUUUUAACGAUGAUUUGGGGGGUUUCGACUCCGCAGACAGUGAUUUACCUUUAACGCUGGCUGUAAAGAAGAAAAAAAUGAAGAAAAAGUCAAAGAGAAAGAAUUUAAAUAACGAAGAACCAGUCUGCUUGGAUUCAGCUUCAAUAUGGAAUGCACCACUUAAUGUCAACACUUUGGAUGCGCCCAUGACCUGGGAAGAAUACACAUGGCGUUGUGCAAGUUGCGAUGCCCAGUGUAAGAAUAUUUCUUCGCUACGACUCCACUCUCUGCAAAUCCAUUCGUGUUGCUGCACCUUCAAAUGCGUAGACUGUGACAAAGUUAUAAAUAACUACAGAACGUUUAUAAACCACGUGCGGACACACAAAAAGUCUUUGCGGUACUGCUGUGAAUUCUGCAAUAAGAGAUAUAUGCGUUCUGCUUAUAUCAAAAAGCAUAUAAACAGCGAACAUGGAGAAUCUUACUUAACAAUGUGCGGGAACUGCGGUGCGGUUUUCGAGACAUUAGAAGAGUUGAAGGACCACAUGCUGUUGUAUUCUAAAGGUUUGAGAAAACGGACAGUCAAACAAGAAAAUAUAGAGUCCGAAUUGAAAUGCGAACAUUGCGGUAAAGAGUUUAAAUCACGAAGCAAUUUGCUCCAGCACAAAUUGGUCCACACAGAACGCACUAGACAGUUCUCAUGUCACGUCUGUGGUAAAAUGUUCUUCACCAAAGGUACUUUGAGUACUCAUAUGAUGACUCACGAAGACACAAAGCCUUUUAAAUGCGAAUUUUGCCCAAUGGCAUUCCGUGCUAGAGGUAACCUACAAUCUCAUAUAAGUCUUCACUCCGGAGCGAAGCCAUUUGUCUGUGAACAGUGCGGUAAGAGUUUCAGAGUGAAACGUCAUUUGAAAUCUCAUUCGAUUGUUCACACGGACCUUAUGCCGUACGUCUGUGAAUAUUGCAACAAAGCCUUCCGAUUCAAAACUAGGUUAAAUCUACAUCUCCGACAGCAUACAGGUGCUAAACCAUACACUUGCUUAUUCUGCCAGCGUGACUUCACAAAUGGAUCUAAUUUUAAGAAACAUAUGAGGCGGAGACAUAAUAUUGACACGUCCAAAAAGAGGUAUAAUAAUAUUGUUGAUGAACCGAACUCCUUGGGUGAUCAGAAUUCAAUCAAUGAUCAGAAUUCUGAUGAUAUGCAUUAGUUUCAGUGUUGUUUAAGUGAUAUAUAGUCCAUUUUUUUAAAUUAUUUCAUUUUGGUACUAUUUUUCUUGAAAUGUACAUUUUAAAAUUAAUUUAUAGUUAUUGAAAACAUAAAGAACAGAUACCACGAUGUACUUUUGCUUAUAAAACAUACUUUAAGUGUAUCUCUAUACAUAUAUAGUGUCUAUCCCUUGCGGAGUAGACAGAGCCAACAGUCUGGAAAAGGCUGAAAGGCCACGUUCAGCUGUAUGACUUUAUGAUGGAACCGAGAUUUAAAUACACACAUAUUUAUUGUAUUUAUAUUAAUUAAAAUUUAUUUCAAAUUCAAAAUUAUUAUUUUUAUUAAUUACUUAAAACUAAGUUUUCUGCCGCUUCCAAGGCGUCAGUGCAGAUGAAGCGGUAACAAACUGCACUGCAGCAUUUUCUUUAACAACGUCAACUUCAACUUCUUUAAUAAAAAAAAAAUAUAUCUUUUAUUAAUAGUUACUGAAAGUAGUAACUGAAACAAUUCAGUAAAAACUCUUAAAAAAUUAAGGUGGUCGAUAAAAAUAACGACAAACGCACAUAUAUUUAUUUAAUACAUAUAUUUAAUUUGGUAUAUAAGUACAUUAUUAUACGGUAUAUAAUAAAUUAUUUUUGUUUUUAAGCAAUAAAAACUAUUUUAUGAUUAUGAAGAAUAUCUAUAUCGAAUGAAAAAAAACAUAUUUUUUUAAUCAUUUUCAAUAAAAUAUUCCUAUUAAUCGGAACGCACAUGCGCAUUAUCUAUGCACUGUACAUAUAUCACGUCCUCAUACGGGGUAGACAGAGCCAAUUGUCUCAAAAUCACUGGAAAGCCACUUACAGCUGGAUGGCUUAUAAAUAAAAUUGAGAUUCUAAUAGCGACAGAUGAACUAAUUCUUAGCGAAUUUAUCCUUGAACACAUAUUUUCUAAUCGAUAUGGGCGCGGCGGUUCGAAUCUUGACCCUACCAGUCACACGUGACUGAUCACAACUCAUACGCAACCAUAUAACAAAGUUAUACGUAAACAAGAUACAUACAUACAUAUAGUCACGUCUAUAUCCCUUACGGGGUAGACAGAGCCAAUAGUCCCGAAAAGACUGAAUGGCCACGUUCAGCUGCUCGAAGAAUCCCAAGUUUGAAAGCCUAUCCCUUAGUCGCCUUUUACGACAUCCAUGGGAAAGAGAUGGAGUGGUCCUAUUCUUUUUUAAAAGCUUUUAUUUAGUUUUUAUUAUUGGUGCAUUAUAAUUUGUUGCAGCGUGAUGAUAAAUUGCCUAAAGCAUCCCUCGAUAAAAAAAAAUCCAAAAAGAAUUUUUCAAUUAGAACCAGUAGUUCCUAAGAUUAGGGCGUUCAAACAAACAAACUCUUCAGCUUUAUAAUAUUAGUAUAGAUAAAAAGAUAUGUAACAAAAUAGUAUAGAUAAAUAUAACAAAAAACAGAAAACAGUCAUUGGAUUUAGAAGAAUAUGUACAAUGGCGGACUUAUUCCAAUCGGGAUUUCUUCCAGUCAACCAAAAUAUUAAGAAUUCUUGUAGGCGAUGAGCUAGCAACCUGUCACUAUUUGAAUCUCAAUUCCAUCAUUUAGCUAUACAGCGGUGGUCAAUUUUAGUUUAUUCUACGAAAAAUUGUAAAUUUUAUAAUAUGUAAAUAA